AUGAAUAAAAAAUUAAAAUACAUAAAAAAAAUUGCAAAGAAUACAGAAAAGAAUAUGGUUAGUAAUUUAAAACUAAGUGAUAACAUGAAUAAGGAUACAAAUUAUAAAAGUAGUAUAAACAAAGAAAAAGAUAUAAAUUAUAUUAAGAAUAUAACAAAGAAUUCAAAUAAAAAUGAAAAUGAAGAGAAAUCUAAAGAAGAGGUAAAUGAAUAUUAUAAAGAAAGUAACGAAGAUAUAAAUAAUGAACAUUUAGAUAAAAAAAAAUAUAUUAUAAAUGGUGAUUCCUUUAAAAAUAUAAAAAAUGUAAACCAUAAUACUUUAAUUUUUGAAGAUAAAACGAAGGAAUUGGAACAUUCUGUUGAUCAUUUAGAAACUAAAUUAACAAAUAAUAAAACAAACAUUUAUUUGGAUAAUAAAGAAGAAGAUAAACAACAGGAAAGAGAAGAUAUUAUAAUGAAAAAUAGUAAACAGUUAAAAAAAGAAAAAAAAAAUAAAAGAAGUUUUAAUGUAAAAAGUAAUGAAAAAAUGAAUUAUAAUAAUAUAGAAUUUAGUGAAAUUUGCACAAAUGAAGAUGAAUUAGAUAGCAAUUAUUAUGAUAAUAAUACCAUGUUAAAAAGUAAUAAUAUGAAGGAUAUGUUCAAACCUAACGAAUGUAGCAAUAUCAAUUAUAUUGAUUCAAAUGAUAGUAUCACUGAUGAAAAAAAAAAAUUAAAAGAAUUUGUCAAUAAUAAAAAAGAAACUGAUGAAGAUUAUGUUAAAAUUUUAUCUUUUAUGAAUAAUUACAAUGGUAAUAUAGUUAAUUUAAACAAUAAUACUAAUACUACUACUAAUAAUAAUACUACUGCUAAUAAUGAUACUACUGCUAAUAAUAAUACUACUGGUAAUAAUAAUACUAAUAAUAAUAUCAAUACUAAUACUACUACUAAUAAUAAUAAUACUAAUAGUGAUACUACUACUACUACUACUACUACUAUUAAUAAUAAUAAUAAUAAUAAUAUUACAACUACUAAUAAUAAUGAUGAUAAUGAUAAUAAAGAAGCAGAAAAUAAUAAAAGUAAAAAUGAUAUACAUGAUAUUUAUAUUAGGAAUAUUGAAGAAAAUAAUGAUGAUUUAAAUUUAAAAAAAGUAAAUGAAAAUAAUAUAAGAGAAGAUAAUAAAUGUAACCAUAAUAUUGGAAUAAAUAAUGAAUAUAAUAAUGAUGACAAAAAUAAUGAAACAAAUAAUCAUAAUAAUGAAAUAAAUAAAAAAGAUAAUUUAAAAAAUAUUGAGACAUUAAAUAUAAUAGAUAAUAUAAAAAAUGAAGAUUCAAUUUUAAAUGAAAAAAUGAAAAAAUUUAUUAAUGAUGAUAAAAAAAAAGAAAUAGAAAAUUUGAAUAUGAGUGAUACAGAAUUAUUGAAAACUAUGAAUUAUAAUAACAUUCCUCAAAAUUGUGAAUAUGAAGAAGUUUUAACUAAUAUAAUUCAAUUUAAUAAGGAUAAAGUUGAAUUAAAUUUAAAUAGAGGAGAAAUUUAUUUAAAUGAAAGUGAGUAUACGUUUACUUCAUACUUUUUAUUAAGUAGUGGUUUUAGAUUUUAUCCUAUUGAAGAAAUUAAAAAAAAAAAAAGAAAAGAAUUUUUAAAAAUAGAAGAAUUAAAUGAUAUGAAAAGAAGAGUAAAAUGUGAUAAUAAAAAGUGGGAAAUAAAAAAAGAAGACAAAUUUUCACAGGAGGUAAAUGAGGAAAGUAAUAAUGAUUAUGUGAAAAAAGAAGAGUUAAUAGGAAAAGAUAAUAUUAAUAAAAAUAUGGAAACAAAUUAUGAAAAUAUAAAAAAUGAUGAAAAAGAAGAUAAUAUAGAAGAAAAGAAGAAAAAUGAACUUUUUGAUGAAAUUUUAACAAAUUUAAAGAAUGAUUUUUAUAAUCAAAUUUUAAAUAUAGAAAAUAAUUUUAAAAAUUUAGAUAAUAAAAUAGAAAAUAAUAAUUCUUUUAAUUUUCAUUGUAUAAUGGAAAAAUUAAAGAAUAGAAAAUAUAAUAAUGUUUUAUAUAUUUAUAAUGAUAUAUAUUUAUAUUUAAAUAAUUUAUUAUAUUUAUCAAAACCUUCUAGUUACAUAUGGAUGAAAUUACAUGAAUUAUCUACUCAAAUAACUAAUACUAUUUACAAUAUACAGCAAAAAAAAGAGCAUUUAUGGAAUAAAAAAAUGCAUAAUUCUCAAAAUGAAGAAAUAAAUGAAAGAGAAAAAAAAAAAGAAGAAAUAGAAAUAGAUAAGCAAAAAAACGAUCAAUCUAUAAAUGAAGAAGAGAAAAUGGCAUUUCAAUUACUACUUAGUAAAUUGCAUCAAGAUAUACAUUUUGAAUUAUUUAGAAAAUUUAAAAAUAAGGCUGUAUGGAAAACAUUAGAAGGAGGAGAAAUAGAAUUAGAUGAUAAAUCAACAAAGGCUUAUGUUUUUAGAGAUAUGUAUAAAUGGUGUAAAGCUCAAUUAGAUAUAAGAAGUAAAAAAAGUGACGCAUCUGAAAGUGAUUCUUCAAAAGAUUCUUAUUAA